CAAAAAAAGAGGAGGGAGAAUCCACUUCACAUUGUAUUUGUUUAGACUUGUCACGGCGUAUCAGAAGUUUGCUUUACUUUGAGCUGUGAGAACACCUUCCACUCAGGCCUCUCAUGUGGCACUGCGAGUCAAUGUGUGUGCGCUACUGAGUGAGCGAACAAGAUGCCCAGAAGGACUGUGUCAGUUCCCCGUCCCAAUGGGGAUCCAGCUCAGAGUAAUUUUGGAGAGAAAGAGCCUCUCAAAUCAAAUGGAGAACCCCCGAAGGAGAAAGUGGAGUUGCGGAAGAAGGUGACCCUGCUCCGAGGAAUCUCCAUCAUCAUCGGGACGAUCAUUGGAGCAGGAAUAUUCAUCUCUCCCAAGGGAAUAUUGCAGAACUCGGGCAGUGUGGGAAUGUCACUGGUGGUGUGGGUCGCGUGUGGGAUUCUGUCUCUUUUUGGAGCUUUAUCGUAUGCUGAGCUGGGUACCUGCAUUAAAAAGUCUGGUGGUCAUUACACUUACAUUCUGGAGGCGUUUGGGCCACAAGUGGCUUUUGUGCGAUUGUGGGCCGACAUGAUUGCCAUAAGACCCGCAGGUUUGGCUGUGAUCGCUCUGGCAUUUGGCCGCUACAUUUUAGAGCCCAUCUUCAUGCCAUGUGGGGUUCCUGAAAUUGCAAUUAAACUGGCUACCACCAUUGGAAUCACUGUAGUAAUGUAUCUAAACAGCAUGAGUGUAAGCUGGACUGCCAGGCUCCAGAUCUUCCUCACAUUCAGCAAGCUGCUCGCCAUUGCCAUUAUCAUUGUUCCUGGAUUAUACCAACUUUUCAAAGGGGAGACCAAAAACUUUGAGAAUGCAUUUGAAGUUAACACAGCACAAUUGACAGGACUUCCUUUGGCUUUCUACUCCGGGAUGUACGCUUAUGCUGGCUGGUUUUACUUGAAUUUCGUGACUGAGGAGGUGGAGAAUCCUGAGAGGACGGUGCCUCUUGCCAUCUGCAUCUCCAUGGUGAUAGUAAUGAUCUGUUACACACUGACAAACGUGGCGUAUUAUACAGUGAUGUCAGCAGAUGAGCUGUUAGCCUCUAACGCUGUAGCUGUGACUUUUGCAGAGAAGUUGAUGGGAAACUUUUCAUACGCAGUUCCCGUUUUUGUAGCUCUGUCUUGCUUUGGGUCCAUGAACGGAUGUCUGUUUGCCAUCUCAAGAAUGUUCUUCGUGGCCUCUCGAGAAGGUCAGCUUCCUGAAGUUCUCUCUAUGAUUCACAUACGCCGACACACACCAUUACCUGCUGUGAUUGUCCUGUAUCCGAUCACACUGCUGAUCCUGUUCUUAGGGGACAUCUACAGCCUGCUGAACUUCAUGAGUUUCCUGCGCUGGUUGUUCAUCGGGGUGGCAGUGGUCGGCCUCAUCUACCUGCGCUACACACGCCCUGAUCUGCCACGACCUUUUAAGGUCCCCAUUUUCAUUCCUGCAGUGUUUUCCUUCACCUGCUUCUUCAUGGUGUUCCUGUCUCUAUAUUCGGAUCCAAUUAAUACCGGGAUUGGCUUCGCCAUCUCUCUCACAGGCAUCCCUGCAUACUACAUAUUCAUCCACUCCAAAAGAAAACCCAAAUGGUUCCAGAAAUUCUCAGAUUCUAUGAACAGAUCACUUCAGAUCCUCCUAGAGGUGGUCCCUGCCGAACACUGACCUUUAUCCUUUUUUUAAAACUUUGUGCAUGUUUGCUUGGCUAAGCAGUAGAGGUGUGUGAUAUUGCCAAGAAAUUCACAUCUCAACAUUUUUGGACAUAGUUUUUGUGCUGGUCCCUUUGGCCGGUGUCCUGACAUUUGAUCCUACCCAUCAGAUUAUGCUACCAACAAUGUAUUUGAAUGGUUCUGAGGUUGGGGUUAGGGAUUAGGUA